GCUGAUCUACAAAGUUCGGAUGAAGAGAGUCCGGUUCCAGACUCGGAUACGUGUUCCGGCAAGGAAUUGAGUGAAUUGUUUAACAUUAACGCAGCACCUUGCGCGGAUGUGGCCGCCUCACUGAAAAGGACCUGCGGAUUGCAUCUGUCGCAAUCGUACGAUUCCACAAAGCUAGCCGUGGGUCUGUCGCGGAAAACUCUCCAACUGUACGAUGUACGCGAGAACGGCGAAAUCCACCUGGCCAAUGGUACGCUCGGCCAGUUCGAAAGUGGCAUUCGGGGGGUACGAUUUUUCAACGGAGACCCGCACUCGCUGCUUUGCUGCACGGAAAGUGGGGAUGUUUUUCUGUACGAUGUUCGCACCGGGACUGGACCGGUGCACCGCUUCGAGGACACGUCGGAGGGUGGCAAGAAAACGAUGACCUGCUGCGAUAUUAACCAAAACGAUCGUGUGCUGUGCGCCUCGAGUGAGGUGCAGAAAAAUGGCGACACGUUUCUGCUGUUUUUCGACGUCCGCCAGCGAAAGUACCUGCGGUGUUACUGGGAGUGCCACAGUGACGACAUCACGAAUGUACGGUUUCACCCGACCAACCCGGACCUCGUGGCAAGCGGCAGCGUGGAUGGGCUGGUGAAUGUAUUCAACAUUUCACACCCGACCGAGGACGACGCGUUAAAGUAUUGCUUCAACGUCGAAACGGCGAUCAAUUCGAUCGCCUGGCACGCCGAUCCGACCGGGGGUCGUGAUGUGAUUGCCUGCGUGACAACGACAAACGACCUGCACCUGUACGAUGUAGAGAGCCAGGACUGUGUGGCAAUGUUUGAUCGCGGAAGCAUUACGCAGGCUAUGCGUCGAACGUCGUCCAUCGAUUGCAACGUAGUCGGAACGCACAACUACGGCAAUGGUAGCUUUUUCGUCCUAGCUGGUUCCAACUACAACAAAGGCACCGAUUGUCUGCGAACACUAAGGUACGACAAUAAAACACUUCUACCGGAUCGAUCGUUUGGCGGCAACAAACAGAUAGUUCGUGCCAGUGUUUACAAUGAAAAGGAACGGUAUCUUAUUGUGACGGGUGAAUGCGGGUUGCUUACCCUGUGGAAGUGCGACGAGGAACCAGAAGCGGCUGUAACUAGCGCCAGUAAGGGGUUCAAGCAAAAGCUUCACGUUAGUCAUCGAUCUAAGCCUUACUGA